CUUCUUUAUUACUGUAUAUUUCUCUUCCUUUACCUAUUGCAUCUGUCCUUUAGUGCAAUUUACGAAUCAAGUCUCUGGUUUUGUUUGUAUCUUUCUUACCUAUCCAAGAUAAAAUGGAUCGUCAUGCUGCUACUGUUCGCCGUAUGCUCGGUGAUCGCACCAUCGCCCAAUUUGCCUUGUUGUCUCUGCCAGACCGCCGCGCUAUCCUCCGGGAGAACCUGGUGCAACUGGGGCCGGUUUUGAUUGACGAGGCAGACGAGCUUGACUCGCUGAAUCCGGACAUUGCCGAUGGGGUCCUCCUACGCCAGCAGCUCUUUAUGGGUGAAGAUGAGACUGGCAAGCAACUGGUGCAGGAGGCUUAUGAUGUGUAUUAUGGCGAAAACCAUUUCCACGUGCCACUGCACUGGCUGUGCGAGUUUAAGAUCGACACCCUUAGCGACUACGAAACCAAGAUUCACGUUGCCCCGCUAGUCAAAGACAGCAUUACUGUCAUCGUUAGCCCAUACGAUCCAAAUCUUGACGUCCAUGAGGACGGCAACGAGAGUAAUAGUGGUGUCAAUGACCCAGAAAGCGUACAUUACCGACAUGGGACAUCCAAGGCCGCUCGGUGGACGCAGAAACACCUCCAGGAUGUCUUCCUCUUCACGAACGCACAGCAUAUCAUCUUAGUGCUACGUGGGCGCGGUGUCACGGACGGUAGCGACCUUGCAACACAUCAGAUGAUAAAGGAUAUUUCCUAUGUGGUGAAGCUCCUUAUUGAUAAGUUUGGCAAUAAGCUUGCUAUUAGGAAGGAGAUAAGCAGAGAUUAUGGCCAUAGCGACAGUCUUCCAUGCCGCGACAUUCGUUCUUACUGGGAUCCCCCCUCAGAGACAGCCAGGCAGAGAGUCAGACAAGGGGCCGCAACCUUUGAGCAGGUUGUGCAGAUAGAGAUAGAGGAGUGGACACGUGUAUUCCCUCAGAAUCGGGGACAAUGGAUGGAACGUGAGAUUCUUAUUUGAUCUGAGUUAAGUUACAGGUUAUAGCAGAACUUCUGUUUACUCGAUACGAUAAAAGAUUCUCUAAAGCCUUAUCAAUAUACAGCUCUUAAUAACUUUAUACUGGUCUUUAGCUGGUUGAACGUUUUGAAAAAAAAUGCGACCUCGGUAUCAGACCCCGCCUAGCUAUAACAC